AAAGAAUCAAAAAGGCAAAACAAAAAAGCAAAGAGAGAGAGAGAGAAGAAGAAGUGAGACUUGUGUUCUUUGUUAUUACGGUGUGUGUUUAUAGCUUCUGUCUUUUGUCUUUUAGGUUCUUGCCUUUUUCCGAUCAAUUAGACCAAUCAAUCCCUUCUUUACUUUUAGCAUCUUCUUCCUUCUUAUUCCUCUUUCCCUGUCUUUAUAUCUUCUGGGUUUAUUUUUCUUCAAUCGGUUUCCUCUUUGUUGUAAUCUUAGAGAGAGAGAGAGAGAGAUAUGUAUAAUCAGUUGGCAAUAUCUUCAUCUUCUUCAUCGUCAUCUUCGUCUUCGUACUAUGAAUCUUUGAAGAUUUUGGAAGCUGAUGUUCAACACGCUAAUUCUUUGGCAGAAGCUAUUCCAAUGGGGAAGAACAAUGUGCGACUUCAGAUGAAACUGGUUCAUAGCAACUUUGCUUCUUUAUUACUCAUCUUGCUUCAGUGGAUUGAUCUUUCUUGCUCAUGUCUUAUUCCUCGCUACCUAAACCUCUUUCAUGUUCUUGUCUACAAGGUCCAGUCUGAUGGACAACCUAAGCUUACCACGCAUGGAAGGAAAGCAACUAUUAGUGAGUUCUAUGGUGUGAUAUUACCAUCACUUCAGCUAUUGCACAGCAGCAACUUAGAUGAGUUGCAAUCCGCAGACAUCGGGUUUGACCUUAAAAGACUCAGCAAGAAGAUAACUAAAGAGGCUCGCAGUAGUAGAUUCACCAGUGCUGGGUUAGAGCGUGAAGAAGAAUGCGGAAUCUGUUUAGAAACUUGUACCAAGAUGGUGUUACCCAAUUGCUGUCAUUCUAUGUGCAUCAAAUGCUACCGCAAUUGGAACUUGAAGUCUCAGUCAUGCCCGUUUUGUCGUGGCAGCAUGAAGAGAGUAAACUCAGAGGACUUGUGGGUGCUUGCGGGUGAUAACGACGUGGUGGAUGCAAGGACGGCUUCAAGGGAAGAUUUGUUCAGAUUUUAUCUCUACAUCAAUAGCCUUCCCAAGGAUUACCCAGAAGCUCUCUUCUUGGUUUAUUACGAGUACUCAAAUCUGCUAUAGAGUCUGGACAAGCAAACUUUGUACAGAUUUUUAGAAAGUAAAUGUAUUGUAUAGAGUGUAAAACUGUGUUAAGGCUUUUGGAUGAUUUGAUGCAAAUGCCAAAGCGCUCAGCUUUUACAUGCUUUAUAAUUGUGAUAUGUGACAAGAAGCUUGAAUGCAGCAGAGAAUAAAGAAUAAAGAUUUCCAAUAAA